CUUCAGAGAGAGAGAGAGGAGAGAGAAGGAAGGAGAAGAGAGGGAGGAGAGAGGGGAGAAAAGGGGGAGAAGAGAGCUCAAUAAACAUGGCCGAUCGGAAAUGCUCAAGCGAUGAAAAGAGGUUGGUUGGCGGUGGUGGAGAGGUCGCCGGCGGCAGUGACUGCAGGUGUUGUGUCGGCGGAGGUCGGCGUUGAGUCGGCUGUAGUGAUUGCAGGUGUUGUGGCGGCGAAGGUCGGAGUUGAGUCGGCGGUGGAGGUCGGUGCUGUUGAGUCGGCGGUGAAGGUCAGCGUGGAGAGGCGGCGGCGGCGGAAGAUUGAUGGUGGUGGAUGCGGCAGCAAACAUGGUCUUCUGGUAGAUAUUUGGGUGCUGGGAUGUGUGGUGUUGGAGAUGGUCGCCGGAUCUCCGGCGAGGAGGUGGUGGAAGGCUGAGCUGUUGACGAUGUUGGAAAAUCGAUGGUGGUGGUGAUGGUGGUAGAAGUGGCGGCGCGUAAACGAUGGCGAAGAGUUGAACAAAAAGUAAUGUAGAAAAUAAGAUGAGGUCCGAUUGUUUCUUUUCCCCAGCUUUCCUCAUUUUUUUGGGGGAAAAUGGUUUUUCCUGAUUUUUAGCUAAAAAAGUUUUCCUCUUUUUCUCCCAAU